AUGCCAAUUUUGUUAGCAGAUUAUAUUAAUUACAUUACUAAUACUCUAUUGCAGGAUAAGCCUCUUAAUGCUAACGGUAUAUGCUGUCCGCUGGACAAACCUCUUAAUAUGAAUGACACAUGUUGCGCGGCGAAUAUGACCGUUACUAAUGGCACAUGCUGCGCUCAGAAUAUGACCGUCAUUAAUGGCACGUGCUGCCCUUGGAAUAACACAGUUGUUGAUGAAAAUUGCUGCUCGCAGGAUUUCAUAAGUAGUGAUGGUCGCUGCAAAUCUAAUGCUAAUGUUAGUGCCGCCUUCAGGUAA